UGACUUUCAAUUUGGCGCCAAAUCUUGGCGGAAAUCGGCGUAGUGGCGGCCGACCUUUGUUGUUGAUCCCGUGCGCUGGUUCACUGGUUCACUGAAAGUAAGGUGAAAUCAUGGCUGAUACCGACGCUGAGCAGCGGAUAAGGGAGUACCAGAGGGAGUACCUCGAGUUCCUGGACGACGACGACGACCAAGGCUUCUACAGCCAGAAGGUGAAAGAGCUGAUUACCAGGAAAGAGAGCAGGAUAAUCGUCAACAUCAACGAUCUGCGCAAGAAGAAUGCCAAGCGGACGAAAGGGUUGCUAAACAACACAAGUGAAGAAAUUAUCGCGUUCCAGCGUGCUCUCAAGGAAUUCGUGAUUUCCGCCGAUCCAUUGCUGGCCAAAGAGCAGGAAGAGUACUACAUAGGUCUAGAAGGAAGCUUUGGGUCCAAGCAUGUUACGCCUCGGACUCUGCACUCUCACUUCCUUGGAGGCAUUGUGUGCGUUGAGGGCAUUGUCACCAAAUGCUCCCUGGUUCGCCCCAAGGUGUUGCAUAGUGUGCACUACUGUCCGGCGACGCAGAAGACGCUCGAGCGCCGUUUCACCGACCUCACUUCCCACGACGCUUUUCCGUCCUCCGGGAUCUAUCCCACGAAGGACGAAGACGGGAACCUGCUGGAGACCGAGUAUGGACUGUCCAUCUACAAGGACCAUCAGACCCUCACUGUCCAGGAGAUGCCCGAGAAGGCACCCGCCGGCCAGCUUCCCCGUUCCGUGGACAUUGUGGUCGACGCGGACCUCGUAGACCACUGCAAACCGGGCGACCGGGUGCAGGUGGUGGGCACCUACCGCUGCUUGCCCGGAAAGCAGGGAGGAUUCACCAGCGGCACGUUUAGGUCCAUCCUCCUCUCCAACAACAUUCGUCUGCUAAGCAAAGAGGUGGCCCCAAACAUCUCUGUCGAAGACGUCAACAAGUGCAAGGCCAUCAGCAAGCAGAAAGGGGACGUCUUUGAAAUCCUGGCCCGAUCUCUGGCGCCAUCCAUCCAUGGCCACGACUACAUCAAGAAGGCCAUCCUCUGCCUUCUCCUUGGUGGUGUUGAGAAAGUGCUUCCCAACGGAACGAGACUUAGGGGGGACAUCAACUGCCUCCUGAUUGGAGAUCCCUCUGUGGCCAAGUCGCAGCUGCUCCGAUACGUCUUGCACACUGCGCCGAGGGCCAUCGCCACGACCGGACGCGGGUCCUCCGGCGUGGGUCUCACCGCUGCCGUCACUCACGACCAGGAAACGGGGGAGAAGCGCCUGGAGGCCGGCGCCAUGGUGCUCGCCGACCGAGGAGUCGUCUGCAUCGACGAGUUCGACAAAAUGUCCGACAUGGAUCGUACCGCCAUUCAUGAAGUCAUGGAGCAAGGGCGCGUCACCAUUGCCAAGGCUGGGAUUCACGCUCGGCUCAAUGCCCGCUGCAGCGUUCUGGCCGCUGCCAACCCUGUGUAUGGUCGGUACGACCAGUACAAGUCUCCCAUGGACAACAUUGGCCUCCAGGACUCUCUGCUUUCUCGGUUCGAUCUUCUCUUCAUCAUGCUCGAUAAGAUGGACCCGGAAAGCGAUCGGGAGGUCGCCGACCACGUGGUGCGAAUGCACCAAUACCGGAGUCCCGGAGAGCAGGACGGAGAGCCUUUGCCGAUCCGAAGCGCGGCCGAUCUGCUCACGACCCACGAUCCCGAGGAGCUCGACAAGGAGGGAGAGAAGGAGACGUCGAUCUACGAGAAGCACGACGUCCUUCUGCACGGUUCCAAGCGCAGGACGGAGAAGACAAUCAGUGUGGAGUUCAUGAAGAAGUACAUCCACAUUGCCAAGGGCAUCAAGCCCACGCUGACCCAGGGAGCGUGCGACCAGAUCGCUGAGGAGUAUGCCAGGCUGCGUUCCUUCGACACGGAGAACACGGACGUGGCCAGGACCCAGCCAGUGACGGCACGGACGCUGGAGACCCUGAUCCGCCUGUCGACGGCGCACGCCAAGGCCCGUUUCUCUCGUACCGUGGAGCCGGGAGACGCGAUGGCCGCCAUCGAGUUGGUGCAGUUUGCCUACUUCAAGAAGGUCCUCGAGAAACCACGCAAGCGCAGGAGGAGGGGCGGCGCCGAGUCUUCCGACGAAGACGACGACGACGGUGGCGACGACGGAGACGAGGCAGCAAGCAAAGCCACCACUCGGAAGGAACCCCGGAAAAAGCCGGGAGAGGAAGGUUACGACCCCUAUGACAUUGACAAUAUCGACGAGUCGCAAGACGACAGCGUGCCGCCAAAGAAGCCCCGGAAGGACGAACCAUCUACGUCCAGGGUAGCAGCGCUGAGGGACAGUGCAUCAGAGAUCUCUGCCGACAGGAUGACAAAGUUCCGCGGCUUGCUGGGCAAGCUGUUCAAGGACACGCACACCCAGUCCCAGCCGGUGUCCAGCAUCAUCGACUUCCUGGCCAAGGAGGAGCAGACCGAACCGUUUACCCAGGAAGAGAUCGACGUCGCCAUCCAACGGAUGAUGGACGAGAACCAGGUCAUGUUGUCCGACGAGAUUGUUUUCCUCAUCUGAGGGGAUGGGCCCUGUCCAGACUCCCCCCCUUGACCGGGGCCCUUAAAGUUGUGUAAAUACCUACCAUUGUGUAACACGUUGUGGAUGCUCAUGGUCCUAAUAAAACUUUUAAUCUGUCUGGUUUGUAAAA